GAACAUCCUGUAGAUGGGCCAUCUUCGUCACAUUUAGCGAAAGUGCUAGAGAUAGAAGCCCUAUAGUCUAUUGCGAUUGCCUUGUUUGAUUUGUCUGACGAUGGGUAUUAAGGGGCUGUGGGACGCCGUUGCGGCUGCAGGGGUUUCAUCGCGUGUUGAGUUGUUACGUGGUAAGAAGGUUGCUAUUGAUGCUAGUUUUUGGAUAAGCCAUUGUCUUGCUUCUGAGGCUGCUCUUCGUCGUGGUAAUGACAUAUAUGGUGUCUUUUUCCUUCGUAUUUGUUACUUGCUUGAGAAGCGUAUAUAUCCUAUAUUUGUUUUUGACGGGCGUACUCCCGGUGCUAAGCGUCGUACAUUGUUGAUGCGUAAUAUGUCUCGUGCUCGGCGCACGCGAAACUUGAAGUUGCUUGCAUUCAAGGCUUUGGCUGUUCAGAUGAAGCACCUUGCUAAACCAAAUAACAAGCGCUUGUUCAAGCCCACUAAUUUUAUGACGAAGAAGCCUUCUAUUCCAUUGCGUGAAUUGCGCAAAAUAUCCUCUGGUUUGGACGUCAGUGAGACUAAUCAGCAGGCUCCUUCAGAUUCACCCAUUCUUGCUAUUGCAGACAUUCCAACUGUGAACAGCAAUGACAAUUUGUUUUCUUCGGAUGAUGAGUUUGUUGAAGACUUAGCUUUGUCGGCUGAGGUAAUUACUGAUGAUGCAACUGGUAAUGGUUCGAAUGCCAAAAUUUUGGCUAUGCCUAGGUCUUACACUGCUCUUAAGAUGCGUCAGCAGUCUGGGACAAAUGUUGAGAUUAAUGCUGAUACCACUGAGAAUCUGAUCGAUGAUUCUUAUUUUACCUCUUCGCCUUAUAGUUAUUCCAGCAGGGGCUCGCAUCGUUCUAAAAAUUGCGUAGAGCUUCCUUUGGAUUGUAGGAUAAAUCCUGAGAGUUAUGAGCGUUUGCCUGCUGACGUGCGUUAUCAGAUUAUGCAGCAGAUAAAGGAGGCCUGGAUGUAUGAUGACCGUGUUAAUUUGCAGCAAAUGAAAUCCUCUUUAAGUGCAUUUUCGAAUUUACAGGUUGAGAGUUACCUUCGUGAUGUUGAGAUUAACCGUGAGAUAGAGAAAAUUAAGCAUUCUCUUUCCACGCGUGCUCUACCUGAUGGUUUGAUUAAAAGUGAUCCCGAUGCUUCUGUCGAAAAUCCUGUUGAGGAGAAUGCUACUGGCCCUGUUUUCGACUACAAUAGUAACGAAUUUAUGAGACCUCGUCGUACGCGCGGCUUUUUAAAUGACUUGAGUUGCAAUAUGGCACCUGAUUUGUACAGCAAUCCUUUAAAUACGGUAGUUAAGUCUGAGCCUGAACCUGAGGUUUACGACGAUUCGUUGUUCAUGCGUGACAGUGAUAUAUUCGGAGACCUUGUUAAGUCUGAAUCCGACGAGUUUGAGGAACUCGAGCGUGACCAGUUUGUUGACACAUUGGACAAAUUUGACGUUACUGAGGAAAACCCUAUCAAGUCUGAAAUGGAUGACCGACUUUAUCCACCAUAUACGCCUGAAUUACCGGAAGGGUUGAACGUUGAUAAGCCUGAUAGCUCACUAAUAGAAACCACGGAUACCUGUGGGUCUGAUAUGGCCAAGUCGGCGCAUCCACUAACUCCGGGAGAUGUGGAACCCAAAUCUAAUGAAAUCAAAGACUCCGACACUCUGACCAGUACUAGUGAGUUCUCAGGAUCUGACAAUACUUCUGACUAUGACAGUUCAUCUGUUUCGUCGCGUGAAUCUCAUAUUUCUGACACGAAAGACCUAUCCGCUUCUAAAGUCGAAUCGUUAUCCAUUGCCUCUUCACCCGGCAAUAUACCACUGGAUGAUGAGGACCUUUGGGAUGCCGUUGACUCGGAUUCCUCUCUCCAUGGUGAUGCUACAGAUGGGUUACCAUGUUCGGAGUCUAACAUUGCGUCAGAUAAUGGACCGCCCAGUGAAACGGAGGAGUGUAUAAGGGAAACCAGUGAUUCAGGAACACCGUUACCAAUAUCUGGUGUGCCUCCCUUGGAAGUUGACUCCACAAACGUGGGUGAUAAUGCUGAACCUACUCAGCUGUAUACCAACGACUGGCAAUAUCGCGAUUUUCUCGAAAUGGAGAAUAAAAUUUCGCGUAUGGAUAGGAGUCAGUAUCGUAUGGAUGAGUGGGACAAGGUACCAGCAUUGCUUGAUCUAUUUGGUGUUCCCUUUAUUGUUGCUCCUUCGGAGGCUGAAGCUCAGUGCGCUCAUUUGAACAACACAGGGCUCUGUUUUGGUGUAAUUUCAGAUGAUUCGGAUACUCUAGCUUUUGGCGCGAAGCGCGUUUUUAAGAACUUUUACAGUGGUAACGUGUUUGAGGUCUAUGUUGCCGACCGUAUACUGCAUGAACUAGGUCUAGGUCGCAAUGAGAUUGCUCUUUUGGCUAUUUUAUGUGGUUGUGACUACACGCCUGGUGUCCGAGGUAUAGGUGUGGUAAACGCGUUAGAAGUGAUAAAAGCAUUUCCCACCUUUGAUGAUUUGUAUGAAUUCCGUCGUUGGGCUACUAGUGAUUGUGAUAUUACCACUGUAACACAGGAUACAUGCCCUCUUAAGCAAGCUUACAAGGAAUCUCAUGUAAACUAUAGGAUGCAUUGGUCAUUUGGGAGUGACUUUCCCAAUCGUGAGGCGUACAAUCUGCUGUUAUCUCCUGUUGUGUCUAGUACGUUCAAACCUAAAUGGCGCACGCCUGAUUAUGACGGUAUUAUGCGUUUUAUGUCCAAACAUUCUGCUUUACCGGCUUCUGAGAUGACUACAUGUAUGUCUAAGUUGCGUGGUGGCGAUGACUUUGACGGUUACAUUUUGGAGGAUUUCGUUCCUGAGAUUCAUUCUCGUUCUCACGUUAAAGGUAAGCGCAGUCUUAGGUUGAACCGUAAGCUUUUGCGUGACCGCAUGUCAUCAUUUCGUGACUUUCUUUCAUCUCGCGAGAAGCGCAGGUCGCGCAAGGCGGGUUCGCGGCGUAGUGCUUCUCGCUCUGCGGCCACAACCCACGAGCGUGUUGCUUAUAUUCGCUCUAAGCGUAUGCUUGAUUCCAUUGAGGGCAUCAGGCGUCGUGUUCAGGGUGUUAUUGAAUCACCCUCUUAAUGUUAGUGUGUUGAUUCU